GUACUUCCAUUCAGAAAAAUAAUCUGGUGCCUCUGGGCUGCAAGUCACUUCAGUUCAGAAGAAACUUGAGUUCGAGCAUUCUGGAAAAAAACAAUAAUGUCGUUUGUGAGCUUCCAACUGAGUCUCGUCCCUCUGCUCAUUUAUGGGAUUGCAGCUGCACCGUUUUUGGCUGAUGAGGAAGCCCAUCGCUUCAUCCGAAACAAAAGGCAAACUGAUACAAUGCAAGGAUACUGGGACCCAAAUAAUGCGAAUAAUGUGUGGGGAGUCACUCAGGCAGAACAUGCAAGUGAAUACUGGACAUCGUUGAGAGACACAGCACAGUACUACAUAGGCUUGAGUUCGAUCGGCUUUGCAUCAGAUCCAUCUGUCGUACAGGAACAUAUCAAGAGUUAUAUGGAUUAUCUGCGACAAACAAGCAUUCACCUCCAACAGCAACCCACAUACAAAUAAUUCCGAAGAAUUGAAGGACAUAAAAGAUGUCAGAUAUUUCCAAUUGCAUGAUUAAUUCAGAGCAGACUGUGCAAGCUCAGAAUGCAUGUCAUUGCCAAUCAAUCCACCCUGACAACAUGGAAUGCCUUCUGCUAGCUUCAAAGCACAAUAUAACCAAAGCUCAAUGAGCUCUAACUGUGCUGAGAUUUAUCCAGAGCAGGGUCAUGCAUUAAGCAUUUCUUGAAAAAUGUUAAUCAAUAAAUAUUGAUUGUAACAAA